AUGGAAGAUAGUUCUGUGUGUCAUGAUGUAGACCAAAAGCGUUUUCAUAACAUUCUCCAAAGAUCUCUAACACAGUUCAAGCUUAAAAAGCCGAUGAUUACGAACUACAUGAUCUACCACCUGGACUAUCUUGUAACUAACUUCUGCUAUUUCAAAGACAUUGCUCUUGUGAGUGAAUGCCUGUGCACAGACAACAGCCGAUUCAACUUUGCAUUCUAUCAAAAGAUGAAUGUUUUUAUACGGAUUAUCGGGUUUGAUAGCAGUGGUUUUCCCGGAGAUGAAUGCAACAUAGAUAGACUUGUUGAUAACCUUUCAAUCAAAGGCAGCAUGGAUAGUCCCUCUGCACGCGCAAUGGAAUAUAUAUAUCCUAUGACAAAAGAAGAAUGGAUAAGAAGAAGCAAGGAUGCUUUAUUUGGACUGAUUUCUGAAUGUUCAAACACUUCAGAUACAGAGGAUGAAGACGACAAAGCAAAGGCAAAAGAGGCCUUUAGGAAUUUUGAAAUCAAUGAAUACUUUGGAAAUGGGGAGGAGGACUUGGAAUAUCUGGUGUUCAAUCCCACAUCAAAGGUUCUGAAGUACUUUUUUGAAGUCCUGGCAUUCCACUUCAGAAUUCAUCCUCACUAUAUGACUGAAGCUCUUAAUGGAGACUUCAUCACAUCUUUUCUUAACAUGCUUGAUUUUGAACCGGCAUUGAAUCUCUUCAGCAUUCUUCUUGGGUUAAAAGGCCUUAACAUGCAAAAGUUAGCCAUGCUGCUAAAGGAUGCACAUCCUGUGUCCGCUCUCAUUGAGAGGAAGUAUUACGUGGCACUAAAGAUGCUGCUUCUUGCUGAUUGGAUAGACGAUGAUAGUGGGUCGAUGUCCAGUGAUGAAGAGGAUUUCUUCCAUGACGAAAUAAUGUCUGCAGGAGAAAAGCUUAUCUCCAUAUUCCUUAAGGAAGAAUCCUACUUUGAAUAUAAGCAAAUAUAUGACAUAAUCGAGAUCCUGAACUGUUCUCGCAGAUGCCCUAGACUGAAGAUUCCAGAGUUCAAGAGGAUAGAUUCCAAGCUAAUUCUUUACAUAAGGCUAAUGGUAGGGCAGCUUGACCUUCUUAUGGAUGAGAUAUUUCAAAGCAAGGCCUACAUCACAUUUAUAGAUCUAUUUUUUGGAAAUCCAGAUAACCUAGCUCUUCUGGUUCCCCUUACAAUAUUCCUUUCGUCAGCGAUCAAGGAUCAGUCCAAAUUUUCUAUGCUUAUAGACAUUGGUUUUCUGGAUAGAUUCCAUGACACCUGUAUUAAGUUCAUUUCUGUUGAUAAUGGGCCAAGACCUGCCAUAGAAUCCAUAUUCUCUUGUCUUGUGUAUAUAUAUCCGUUGAUUACCUUUUAUCUUUCUAAGAUAGAUAAAAGGCUUCUUGACAAAGACAAGUGGGUCUAUCUAUCUUCUAUGAUGGAUCCUUAUAGUAGAAUGGAGAAGUUAAAUUAUUCUAAUGAUGAAGCCAUAGAAAUGUUUCUUGGUGGAUGUCCCAGUGAGAGCUUUGCCAGAUACAUAUGCCACCUUGCGGUCAAUGAAAUGCCCCUGCCCUCCAUAUUUCUUGAGAGGAAGUAA